AUGUGCAAAACCCCACACAUCCACACACCCGCGUGUCAACCCAAAUUCGGCCAGCGACCGCCGGGACCGUGCGCAAUGGGGUUCUUCACUAAAGCAGAUACUCCCACGGUUCCACCUAACAAGUCGAAACGUAGAGAAUGUUGGGAUGCCAGGGACGAGUUUUUUGAAUGUCUCACCAAAAACAAUAUAGAUAACUCGCUUGAUCCAAAUGUGAAGGACCAAGUCGAAUCACAAUGUGGUUCGCUUCGAGCAACAUUUGAGAAUAAAUGUGUGGAAAGUUGGUACAAGUACUUUCAAGAAAAACGAUUUAGUGAGAUCAAGAAAGACAAGUAUAUAGCCCAGCUCGAAGCACAAGGCGCACAGCCACUUCCCUUUAAAUUGAGCCCCAAGAAAUGA